AAAAUCAUUUUUCUUGCACACAAGUCAACUCUCUUUCUCUCUCUCAUAUCUCAUCAUCUUCUUCAACCUCUCUCUCUCUCUCUCUCUCUCUCUCUCUCACACCAUGGAUGAACAACUUCAAUUGUAAUCUAAACAUACAAAAAAUACGUUCUUUCUAUCUGAAUUCUCAAUACCCAUAAAAAAAAAAAUUGUUCCUUUUUUAAGUUUUUCAGAUGGGUAACGGAAUUGGAAAGCUUACUAAAUGUUUCACCGGCGCCGGAGAAACUCGCCGGAACAAAAAGAAACCCGAGUUAUCAUCAUCAACCCUCGAACCAGAUCCUUUAGACGAAGGUUUAGGUCACUCUUUCUGCUACGUUCGACCAGACCCGACCCGUGUUUCCUCUUCUAAAGUUCACUCCGAAGAAGAAACCACUACGUUCCGUACGAUCUCCGGCGCUUCCGUUAGUGCCAACGCCGCCACUCCGCUCUCUACUUCUCUCUACGAUCCUUACGGACACAUCGACCGAGCCGCCGCGUUCGAGAGCACGACGUCGUUUGCGUCGAUUCCUUUGCAGCCGAUCCCGAGAAGCUCCGGUCCGAUUGUACCCGGUUCGGGUCCGUUAGAGAGAGGGUUUCUUUCCGGUCCGAUUGAACGAGGUUUCAUGUCCGGUCCACUUGAUGGUUAUUCCGGUCCGGUUUCCGGUUCUGAUCAAUUUCAACGUAGCUUCUCUCACAGUUUAGCUAAUAACCGGGUCGGGUCAAGAAAAGGAUCUUUAGUUCGGGUUCUCCGUCGCGCAAUUUCGAAGACGAUUACUAGAGGACAAAACUCGAUCGUUGCUCCGAUCAAACCGGUUAAAGAACCCGAUUGGGUAUUCGGGUCGGAUAAAACCCGGAUCCAGAACCAGACUCAGCACCAGAACGAGAAUAAUCUCACUGUUAAUAGUAGCUUGAAUUUUAGUAGUGAAGGGAGUUUACUAGACGACGACGUUUCGUUAGAAAGCCAGAAUCUUCAAUGGGCACAAGGUAAAGCUGGCGAGGAUCGUGUGCAUGUGGUUGUAUCGGAAGAACAUGGAUGGCUCUUCGUUGGAAUCUACGAUGGAUUCAACGGUCCAGAUGCGCCUGAUUAUUUACUCUCUCAUUUAUAUCCAGCCGUUUAUCGUGAGCUCAAGGGAUUAUUAUGGGACGAUCCUAAAACGGAUGCAAAAUCUACCGAUGAAGCUGAUGUAGAGAAUCGCGACUCGAGUUCUAAAGAGAAAAAGUCAAAGAACUGGGAAGAAAGUCAACGACGGUGGAGGUGUGAGUGGGAUCGCGAAAGGCUCGAUCUUGACCGUUUGUUGAAGGAUCGGAGUAAUGGGUCGGAUCAAGAUCCGGAUCCGAGUUCGUCUGAUGUUCUAAAAGCUCUGUCACAAGCUCUGAAGAAGACGGAAGAAGCUUACUUGGAGAUUGCAGAUAUGAUGCUCGACGAAAAUCCUGAACUAGCUUUAAUGGGUUCAUGUGUAUUAGUGAUGCUGAUGAAAGGUGAAGAUGUGUAUUUAAUGAACGUUGGUGACAGUAGAGCUGUGCUUGGGCAAAAAGCUGAGACUGAGUAUUGGAAUGGGAAGAUAAGACAAGAUUUGGAACGUAUCAAUGAAGAAACAAUGAAUGAUUUUGAUGGUUGUUGUGAUGAUGAUGGUGAAGGAGCUAGUUUGGUUCCUAAUUUAUCAGCUUUUCAACUUACUGUUGAUCAUAGCACAAAUGUAGAAGAGGAAGUUGAUAGGAUUAGAAAGGAGCAUCCUGAUGAUGCAACCGCGGUGACGAAUGAACGUGUUAAAGGUUCGUUGAAGGUUACAAGAGCUUUUGGCGCUGGUUUCCUCAAACAGCCUAAAUGGAAUAACGCAUUACUUGAGAUGUUUCAAAUCGAUUACAAAGGGACGUCGCCUUACAUAAGUUGUUUGCCAGCACUUUACCAUCAUAGAUUAGGAUCCAAAGACCAGUUUCUGAUACUAUCCUCGGAUGGUCUCUACCAAUACUUCACAAACGAAGAAGCGGUUUCUGAGGUUGAACUCUUUAUCACAUUACAACCUGAAGGUGACCCGGCUCAGCAUUUGAUUCAAGAACUUCUUUUCCGUGCUGCCAAGAAAGCUGGUAUGGAUUUCCAUGAACUGCUUGAGAUACCACAAGGGGAACGGAGACGGUACCACGAUGAUGUUUCCAUUGUAGUCAUCUCUUUAGAAGGAAGAAUGUGGAAAUCUUGUGUAUAAAACAUAAACCAUAUAAUGAACAUAGAGGAAAGUAAAAGUGUUUCUGAGAUGAAUAUGGUUCGAUGCAACUGAUUAGUUUUAUGAGUUUGAGUUUAAGUCUCGAUCUCACAUCGAAUCUAAAACCUCAGUAACUCGAGAAGACUGGUUCACUAAUGAUGUACUAUUAUAUGUUAAUAAACAGUAAGAAAAAGUUUUGCCUCUGGAA